AUGACGAGAAUUUUAUUCGGGAAGAGAGCUGUUAAAAAAGAGAAGCUGGACUCAGACGAAAUAGUGUAUCCUGUGGGAUCCUGUGUAAUCGGAGCACUCUAUCUGGAGAAGGCAGACAGGCUUACAUUUAGGCUUCCAAACGGCAGAGUUGGCGUGGUGCACAAGAAGGCAAUAGAGAACGAUCUCGAGAUGGACGAAAGAUCCCUUAAAAUUAGCACCAAGAGGAUGAUUCCGCACUUUUCCAGGGAUCUUUGCGUUGAGCUUCUUAUACUCGGCGAGAAGGAGGGAAGGUACGAGUGCACGUUUUUCAUCCAAAAAUCUGUGAAGAAUGACUCUAUAGUGACCGGACUCAUCGAGGCGGAUGAGGAGAUGGGAUACUCCGUUGCGCUGGGUCUACCUGGAAAAACAGCUAUUGUGAAGACAGAGAAGAAGCACAAGAAAGGCGCACUCGCAGUCUUCCAGGUUGCAGCAGUCGCUGGCUCCACGUACCUUCUCCGGGAUAGUGUCGACAGGGAAGUCUACAUCGGAGGAAAAGAGGAAGUUUCCCCAGGAGUUGUCGUUAGGACGAGAAUAACGGGAAGACCAAAGUACAUCCUCGGAGACAAGAGGCCGAAGUACACGAAGAUGUACUACUCGUACACCGCAGAUGCACUCGGCCUGGGAAGCAUCAUAGUCGAGAGCAAGGAGGAGCUGAACGAGGAUGACGAGCACACGUCAAUUAUUGCGUUUGUCUCGGAGGAUAAAUCCCUCGUGCACGCAGUCCCGUACGAAGAGUACUUCAAUGAAGUGCACAAAAACCUCCCGAGCCCAGACCUUGUCGGAAAAGUCUUCCUUGGAGAGGUCCGCAGCAUAGAGAAAAACGGGGUAGCAAAGAUCGUUUUGGACGAGGUGAUGCACGCAGUCUUGUACGAUGACCACUUUUCGGAUAUUUCCAGGCAGGGAUCUCUUCCCCCCUUUUCAGUUGGUGAGAGGAUAACCGUGCGAGUCUACGACGUGUGGGGAUACUCCAUUGUCGUUACGGCGAAGGAGUCCCUUAUAAACGCGAAGAACGUGCAGGUCCCCCCAAAGAUCAAUACGGGAGUCGUGGGAGUCGUCCGGAGAGUGGGAGAUGACUACUUGGUGUGCAGUACCUUCGGAAGAGUCUGCAUAAACAUCAAGAGAACGGAGUACUCCGUGCCGGAGGUGGGAGCAGUCCACUACAUCCACGUGAAAAAGCUUGCCUCGGCAGAGAACUCCUUCAAGGGAACCCAAAUCCCCAGGGAGUACAUGGAAACAGUCGGAGAGCACGCGAAGAAGAGAGACCUUCUGAAGGAGCCCCGGAAGAAGAGAGUCCUGUGGAAGGACAUGGCCCACGGGGAGAGGGAGGCCCACGAGAAGAAAAAAGACGAAAUGCGCCUUAAGGAAAUUAAAGCCUUCAAAAACGGGCAAAUAGUUACGGGAAAGAUCAUAAACAUCCACAGAUACGGGGCAUUCGUGCAAAUAUCGAAGCACGUCGUGGCUCGCGUGCAAAUUGCGGAGAUAAGCAGCAGAUUCGUCCAGGACUGGGCUACUCUCGUGCACGUAGGGCAGAGGGUGAAAAUAGUCCUCUUCGACAUCGACUACGAGGCAGGAAAACUCGAGGGCUCGAUCAAGAAGUACGAAGUGCUCAGCUCAAUCGAGGCAGCACCCGCAGAGGAGGCAAGAGACGAGCAGGCAGAGCACAUGCAGGAACCCCUCGCAUACGCACACGAGGAGGAGAGCGAGAGCGAGAGCGAGGACUCAGAGCACGACGAGAACAUGCAGAUGGAGCUCUUCAACAGCAAGGACGGAGUAGACCCGUGGAGAAGGCGCAUGCAAAAUGCCCCCCCUGCGGAGAUGCUGAAGGUCUUCAAGAAGGCCCUCGCGUACUUGCAGUCCCCUGAGUCUAAGAAGGAGAUGUGCCUGAUUUACGCAGGACUCCUCGGAGAAACAAGCGAAGCCCUCACGGAGAAGACGCUGGCUCCAAUCGACGAGGGAGUGAAGAGAGACGGGUGCACGUUCUUGAAGAAGGCAAUCGACACCGCAAGAAACUCCCAGAACAGAAACCUCCACAGAGAACUCUGCAUGAGAUUUGUGCGGGAGAAGAGCGAAUCCCCGUUCGGAUAUAAGGAGCUCAUAUUCGGGGCGAAGAGGCAGGGAAGCACCGCAGAACUUGCAUCGGUUGUGAGCCUCCUGGAGAGGGCGGAGAUGAAGGCAUCCGACAGGAAGGCAGUGGAAGUGGCACACGCAGAGACACUAUAUCACAUCGCUAAGAACGAGGGAAGAGCCGCAAUGGAGAAGAAGAUCGCAAAGGUGGAGAACAAGGCGAAGGAGGAGUGGACAAUCAAGUACAUCGCCCUGGAGCUUGGAAGCAUUGAAAAGAGUGCGGAUGUCGCGUACGCAAGAAACCUCCUGCACAAGUCCGUCUCCUCCACAGAGCUCCCAGAGGCAGCUGUUAAGAGCAUUUUCAAGACAUUCCUGAAGUUCGAGAAGGAGUACGGCACACCAGAGAACGAGGCUAAAGUCCUCGAUAUGGCGAAGGAGUACGUCGCACGCGCAGAAAAAUAA